CGCAAAAGUCCCUCCAUGUUCUCUCCCUCUUUUUUCCUCUCAUAGUCCCGCAGCGCUUUCGCUCCAGUCUGCAGCUCCACCACCGCAGCUUCACCCAGAACAACACCACCAGAUCACAACAUGUCCACCAGGGUUGCCGUGGUAACGGGCAGUAACAAGGGGAUCGGUCUGGCCAUCGUCCGAGCGCUCUGCAAGCAGUUCCAAGGAGAUGUUUACGUCACCGCCAGAGACGUCGGCCGUGGUCAGGAAGCAGUGAAGUCUCUGGCCUCAGAGGGACUGAAGCCAAUGUUUCACCAGCUGGACAUCAACGACCUGAACAGCAUCACCACCGCUGCUGCUUACUUCAAAGAGAAGUAUGGAGGAGUGGACAUCCUCGUUAAUAAUGCUGGGAUAGCAUUCAAAGUGGCAGAUGAAACUCCUUUCGCAGUCCAGGCAGAGGUGACCCUCAAGACAAACUUCUUCGCCACCAGAGACAUGUUGACUCACUUCCUGCCGAUCAUCAAAGCGGGAGGUCGUGUGGUGAACGUCUCCAGCUUCGUCGGCUCCCGUACUUUAAACCAGUGCAGCCCGGCUCUCCAGCAGCGUUUCCGCAGUGAGGACAUCACAGAGGACGAGCUGGUGGGACUGAUGCAGCAAUUCAUCGACCAGACCAAGACGGGCGAGUACAAGCAGAGUGGUUGGCCUGAAACAGCGUAUGGAGUGUCCAAGACUGGACUGACGACCCUGUCCAUGAUCCUGGCUCGACGUCUGUCCAAGGAGAGACCGAAUGACGGGAUCUUGCUGAACGCCUGCUGUCCAGGAUGGGUGCGCACAGACAUGGCUGGUCCAAAAGCCCCCAAGUCACCAGACGAGGGCGCUGUCACUCCAGUCUACCUGGCCCUGCUGCCGCCAGGAGCCACAGAGCCUCAUGGGAAGUUUGUCUCUGACAAACAAGUUCAGCCGUGGUGAAAGGGUUAAAGGUGUGUGCGUGUGCGUGUGAGUGCGCCAGUGAACAGAAUUCCCAGAAAGAUUUACCCAGAAGCCAUUUUAAAAAAUGUAACAAGCAUCUGGAAACUCUAUUACAUUAACAUUACAGUAACACACAUUACCUACAUAAACCCAACAAAUACUGAUACUAUUACAUACAUAUACAAAUACUAUUUUCUAGCAGUUAAACCAAAUGAUGAUGUGUGUAUCACCAAAACCUAAAAACCAAACUAACUCUGAUUAUUCCAGGGAACUCUGCUGUGUGUGUGCGUGUGUGUGUUUAAAUGCAACAGUAAUCAUUAAUCACUCUCCAUAAGUUCUGAUCUAAUCACUGAUAUUUUUGAUAAAACUAAAUUUUUGCUUUGUUUUGUUUGCCUUCAGUAAUAUGAACAUUUUUAUAAUAUUUUGCCUUAAAUGAAUGAAACUUAAACGUUCUGAGAUCAAAGAAAUUGAAAUGCCUUUUCAUUACAUUGCUUUCAUGUCAACAAUAACAAUAAAAUACUAAUGUUGGUUAAUGAA